AUGUGGGUCCAGCUCCUUCUGGGGAUGCUGGCCCUCUCGCCAGUCAGCACCGACAAACUCCCAACCUACCUGGUCACCUUACCAGCCCAGCUCAAUUUCCCCUCUACUCAGAAGGUCUGCUUGGAUCUUAGCCCUGGGUACUGUAAUGUCAAGUUUUCUAUUACUUUGGAGACCAAGGACAAGGUCCAGAAGUUGUUGGAACACUCAGGAUUGAAGAAGAGGCACUUACAUUGCAUCUCCUUUCUGGUCCCACCUCCCGCGGGUGGCCUGGAGGAAGUGGCCACAGUCCGGGUGGCAGCCAGCGGAGAAAACAUCCACUUUGAAGAGAAGAAGAAAGUUCUGAUCCAGAGGCAGGGGAAUGGAGUCUUCAUACAGACCGACAAGCCUAUCUAUAGCCCCGGACAGCGAGUGAACUUCCGCAUCGUGACCCUGGACAGCCAGUUUGCUCCAGUGAAUGAGAAGUACUCGCUGGUGGAGCUGCAGGAUCCCAACAACAACAGAAUCGCCCAGUGGCUGGACGUGGUGCCGGAGCUGGGCAUUGCAGACCUGUCCUUCCAGCUGGCUCCCGAGACCACGUUGGGCACCUACACGGUGGCCGUGGCAGAGGGCAAGACCUUUGGCACCUUCAGCGUGGAGGAGUAUGUGCUACCCAAGUUUAAGGUGGAGGUGGUAGAACCCAAGCAGUUAUCAACAGCGGAGGAAUCUUUCUUCGUCAAGAUUUGUGGCAGAUACACCUACGGCAAACCCAUGAUGGGGACGGUGCGCGUCUCGGCGUGCCAGAAGGCUUAUACUUACUGGUAUCCGGAGGAGGGACGGGAGCCCCUCCCUGACAGAUGCAGGCAUCUCUCUGGGCAGACGGACAAAAUGGGCUGCUUCUCCGCUCCCGUGGACAUGAGCACCUUCAACCUCACCGGGUACAUGUACAGUCACAGCGUCAACGUUGUGGCCACGGUGGUGGAGGAUGGGACUGGUGUGGAGGCCAACACCACGCAGGAGAUCUACAUUUCCUCGCAGAUGGGGUCUGUGACCUUUGAAGACACCAACAGUUUCUACUACCCCGGUUUCCCCUUCAGCGGGAAGGUAAGAGCGAGGGACCACAGCGGCGCCCUCCUCAGGAACCAGGAUCUGUUCCUGGUGAUCCGGGGCACCAAUAAAACCACCGAGAAGAUUCUCACCACCGAUGACAACGGUCUUGCCUCCUUCGAACUGGACACAGCUCCAUGGAACGCCACAGGCAUUUCCCUGGAGGGCAGGUUCAGUUUGAAAGACGACGUUUAUAACCCUGAGGCGGUGCCCCGGUACUACCAGAACGCCUACCUGUACCUGCAACCUUUCUACAACACCACCCGCAGUUUCCUCACCAUCGGCCGGCCCGAGGGCCUCCUGAAGUGCCACCAGCCCCAGGAGGUGUGGGUGGAUUACUACAUCCAUCCCAGCGAUGCCAGCCCGGACCAAGAAGUCGUCUUCUCCUACUACUUAAUGGGGAAAGGGAGUUUGGAGCUGGAAGGGCAGAAACAACUGAACUAUAAGAAGCAAGGACCCAAGGGCUCCUUCUCCCUCACGCUGACCUUCAGUUCCAGAACCGCCCCCGAUCCUUCCCUGCUGGUCUACGCCAUCUUCCCGGGUGGAGGCGUCAUCGCGGACAGGGUGCAGUUCUCCGUGGAGAUGUGCUUUGAGAAUCAGGUGUCCACGAGCUUCUCACCCUCCCAGCAGCUCCCAGGAGCUGGGGUGGAGCUGCGGCUGCAGGCGGCGCCUCGGUCCCUGUGCGCCAUCCGGGCCGUGGAUGAGAGCGUCCUGCUGCUCCGACCGGAGAGAGAACUGACCAACAGCUCCGUCUACGGGCUGUUCCCCUUCUGGUAUGGUCACUACCCGUAUCAGGUGGCCGAAUAUGACGAGUGUCCUGCAGCUGGGCCCUGGGGCCCGCCACUCGUAGACCCUGUGCCUGAAGGGCGUUCGAGCGCGCGUUCCAUGAUCUGGAGGCCGUGGUACUCGGAGAGCACCGAUGUCUUCAGUUUCUUCCAGAAUAUGGGCCUGAAAGUGCUGACCAAUGCCAAGAUCAAGAAGCCUGUAGAUUGCACCCGCUGGAAUUCAAAAUAUGACACUUCUGUAGCUGGAGGAGGAGAUGCUCUCAACCACCCAGAUGGUUUCACGUCGACCUCCUCGCUUCCGGAAGGGUCAUCCAUCCGCCAGUACUUCCCCGAGACGUGGCUCUGGGAUCUGUUCCCCAUUGGGAGCUCGGGGGAGGAGGUGGUGCCCCUGGUGGUCCCCGAUUCCAUCACCGAGUGGAAGGCUGUGACCUUCUGCACCUCCCGGGCCCGCGGCUUCGGCCUCUCCCCGCCCGUGGGGCUGACGGCCUUCCAGCCCUUCUUCGUGGACCUGACCCUGCCCUACUCCGUGGUCCGCGGGGAGGCCUUUCUCCUCUCCGCCACCGUCUUCAACUACCUGAAGGAGUGUAUCAGGGUCCAGACUGAUCUGGCGGCAUCGGAUGCCUACCGCGUGGAUUCACCAGCAGACCCCCAAGCCUCCAGCUGCCUGUGUGCGGAUGAGGCCAAAACCCUUCACUGGGACAUCACGGCCACGCAGCUGGGUCAUGUCAACUUCACUGUGACCACUCAAAUUCUGGACAGUGAUGAACCCUGCGGGGGCCGAAAGGGCUUUGUCCCUGCGAAGGGCCGGAGUGACACCCUCAUCAAGCCCGUUCUGGUCAAGCCUGAAGGUGUUCCUGUGGAGAAGACACACAGCUCCCUGCUGUGCCCCAGAGGAAAAGUCGUCUCCGAAUCCAUUUCCCUGGAACCCCCGAAGGACGUUGUGCCUGAUUCCACCAAGGCUUACGUUACUGUUUUGGGAGACAUCAUGGGCACAGCCCUGCAGAACCUUGACAGCCUGGUGCAGAUGCCCAGCGGCUGCGGGGAACAGAACAUGGUGCUUUUCGCACCCAUCAUCUACGUGCUGCAGUACCUACAGACAUCGGGGCAGCUGACGGAGGAGAUCAGCACACGCGCCCUGGGCUUCCUGGAGAAAGGGUACCAGCAGGAACUUCUCUACAAACACAGCAACGGCUCUUACAGCGCUUUCGGGGAGCAGGAUGGAGACGGAAACACCUGGCUCACCGCCUUCGUCACCAAGUGCUUCGGCCAAGCUCAGAAAUUCAUCUUCAUCGAUGACAAGAACAUCCAGGAGGCUCUCAAGUGGAUGGCGGGCAACCAGCUCCCCAGUGGUUGUUUCACCAACGUGGGGAAGCUGCUUCACACAGCGAUGAAGGGCGGCGUGGACGAUGAGGUCUCCUUGACGGCCUACAUCACGGCGGCUUUGCUGGAGAUGGGCAGGAGUCCCCGGGAUCCGAUGGUGGCUCAGGGCUUGAAGUGCCUCCGAAACUCCGCGGCCUCGGCCAGCUCCCAGUACACGCAGGCCCUCCUGGCAUACACGUUCUCUCUGGCGGGGGACAUGGAGCUCAGAAGCGCGUGUCUGGAAAAGUUAGACCAGCAGGCCAUCGUGUCAGGAGAGUCCAUUCACUGGAGCCAGACACCCACUCGGGCCUCAGACGCCAGUCCGUGGUCCCAGCCAGAGGCCGUGGAUGUGGAACUUACCGCGUACGUACUGCUGGCCUGGCUGAGCAAACCCAGACUGACUCCCAAGGACAUCGCCAGGGCCACUGGCAUUGUAGCCUGGCUGGCCAAGCAGCGCAACGCCUAUGGUGGCUUCGCGUCCACGCAGGACACGGUGGUGGCCCUCCAGGCUCUUGCCAAAUACGCCACCACUGCCUACGAGCCCUCGGAGGAGAUCAGCGUGACCGUGAAGUCCACCGGGAGCUUCCAGCGGACUUUCAGCAUCCAAGCGGUCAACCGGCUGGUCUCCCAGCAGGAGGCCCUGCCCACGGUCCCCGGAGUCUACACACUGGAGGCCACGGGCCGGGGCUGCGCCUACGUGCAGACGGUGCUGAGAUACAACAUUUUUCCUCCCAAAAAUGAGGAGACCUUCCGCCUGAGUGUGGACAUGGGUGACGCGAGGUGUGGGCCGAUGUCUUCCCCUCGCUCCUUGACACUCAAUGUCCACGUCAGUUAUGUGGGCAGCCGGGGCUCCUCCAACAUGGCCAUCGUGGAGGUGAAGAUGCUCUCGGGCUUCAGCCCUGCGGAGGGCGCCAAGCAGCUGCUGCUCCAGCAACCCCUGGUGAAGAAGGUGGAGUCCAGCCCCGACACGCUGCAUAUCUACCUGGAGGAGCUCAGCCAGGAGCCGCAGACCUACUCAAUCACCGUCCACCAAAGCGUGUUGGUCACCCACCUGAAACCAGCAGCCGCCAGCGUCUACGACUACUACCUCCCGGAUGAACACGCAACUGUUCUGUACUCUGACCCCUGUGAGCAAAGAUAGAAGCUGCAAAGACACGAGUCUAACUCUCAGUGGCGAUCCUGGAGAGCCUUCUUCCGCC